UCAUCCAAGACCCUUGUUCUCAUCACCGGCGCCAACCAGGGCCUAGGUUACUAUGCCGCACAACAGCUCGCCGCUACCGGCAACCACCACGUGCUGAUUGGUAGCCGUGAUAUUAACAAGGCCAACAAAGCCAUUGAGACCCUCGCCGCCGACUCUUCUGUCAAGGUCUCGGCCUCCGACCUCUCACCUCUCGAGAUUGACGUCAACUCCGACUCGUCCAUCGCCUCAGCAGCCAAGCAAGUCGAAGAGAAGUACGGCAAGCUCGACAUCCUGCUCAACAACGCCGGCAUCGCCCAACAGCAAGAAGCCGCCGCCGACGGUAGCGGACCUAGCCUUCGCGAAAUCUACCGCUCCCACUACGAAACCAAUGUCUUUGGUGUUGCAGUCGUGACAGAAGCCUUCCUACCCCUCCUCCGCAAAGGCAGCACCAAACGCCUUGCCUUCACCUCUUCAGGUCUUGCAUCUUUGGAACUCGCUUCCAAGCCCGACACUCUGUACUCGGCCAACAACUACCCCAUCUAUCGCUCUACCAAGUCUGCAUUGAACAUGAUUAUGUUGGGGUAUGCGCUGCAGUUGGAAGGUGAGGGUUUCGUGGUCUCAGCGGCGGACCCGGGAUAUUGUGCCACUAAUUUGAAUGAUAACUCGGGCUUCAAGGACCCGAGAGAUGGUGCUAAGGAGUUGGUCAAGAGUGUGCUUGGGGAGAAGAAGGAUGUGCAUGCUGUCAUGGUGUCUGAUGAUGGUGUUGUGCCUUGGUAG